AGUGAAUGAAUAGAGAGGGUUGACCACUUUUAUUUGUGCCAUUAUUUCUGAUGUGGUUUUUGAUUGGGGGAAUGAACAAACUGGUUUGAUCUUUGUUAUGGAGGGUGAGUUUGAGGAUAAGAUCCUACUUGUAAGGGAAUGGUUCUGAUAGAAGGGUUUUCGAUGAGUUGGUUGGUAUUGAAACCCUAGAUGUAUAAGUUAGGCCACUCUCAGUGUUUUGAUGGCUUCCAGAUAAAUUUAGAGGAUUUUUUGAUCCGGGAUUAUAGGAGUUGAGGAUUGCUAUUGAGCUCUUGGAGUAUCUGUAUUUGAUUCAGCUACGUUCGAUUGGGGCUAUGUCUCAUGUUCUCUGGCAGUUGAAGGGAGUUAUUUGUUGUUGGAGAAGAGUGGGAUUGGAAAAUUGAGUUAAGUUUAGCUUUACGAUGCAGUUAGGAUUUAGUAGUGCUGAAAGUUGUUUUUCUUAAUAGUUUUUUGAUGUGCUGUUUAGGAUUUCUAUCCUCUUGCUUGUUUUGUGUCUUGAUAUUCUGAUUUGUUUAAAUCUUAAUCAGGAAUUUGCGUGUGGUGGAUAACUGGAUAAUGGUUGACAUUUGAUUGUAUCUUAUAGCGGUUUGGGUUGGUAAAUUAUGGUGUUAUUGUGUUUGUUGUUAUAAUGGUGUAGUUGCAUUUAGGCAGGGUGCGAGACCUCUAUGUAUUUCAUCCAAAUAAUAUGUGCUUAAAGUGUUCUAAAUGUUCUAUGCAUUUGUAUAUGUUGCUACAUGGUACUUAACUGUGAGAUGAUUAUAAUUGAUGAUCAUGUGUUUGGUCUGAUUAAGGCAUUUAUAGACUAGUAUUUUUUUUUGUGCUUGAUUUGCAGAUCCAUUUAUUUCCUCAUUGUGGGUAUGUCAUGGACAUUGUCUGUUAAAAAGAAUAGAAGUAUAGUGCCCGUUCAACUUGAAUAUAAUCCGAAUUUAGUUUGUAUCCAUAUGCAUAGGAGAUGGGUUCUAGAGGAAGGCCAUUAUUUGAUCUCAAUGAGCCACCUGCAGAAGAUAAUGAUGAGAGGGAUGGUAUUAUUUGUCUCCAGCCCCAAAAGACUCAGCCAUCAACAAAUCCUAACUCUUCUGAUUUAUUUGCAGCAUCAUCUGCUGCCCAAGGAAUAAUAAAUAAUCAUGCUUUUUCACACGCAUCAUCUGUCUCUGGAUUUCAACCUUUUGUUCGGCCUAAAUCCUCCUCUUGUAUCCCUGAUGUAGAUGCUGUAUCGAAGGGAGCAGAAGAACAAGAUACAAAUGCUAGUUCUAAGUCUGGCAAAGAGGACGAUUUGAAAGUUAUGGAUUCACGGAUACUAAGUUCAGCAGCUGCUCAAUCCACAGAGAGGGAAGAAGGGGAAUGGUCUGAUGACGAGGUCUCUGCCGAUGUAAAUGGAUCUCAUAAUUUGUUCCAACAAAUUCAAGUGUCACAAGAGCAAACAACAUCUGGAAUGGUGGAUGGGGGUGGAGUGGCUUCUGAAUGGAAGUCUAGCAAUAUUACUUCUGAAAGCAAGUCUGGUAAUACUAAAGGUCCUGAUAGUACAAUUGAUGAAAAGAGUAGCCGUGCCUCUGUAGGUCUAGAGUCAAAUUCUACUGAACAGAAGAGCAACAUUGUCCCAAAUUCAGAAGGCAGUAUAAAAAGUGAAGCUUCUAAUGAUGCUCCAGAGGAGCCCAGUUUGAUUCCUAAGCAAAAAGAAGUGAAAGGUAUUGAAGCUAGUCAUGCUCUUAGGUGUGCAAAUAAUCCUGGGAAGAGAAAGAUUGACCAGCGCAAAGAGGAAAUGUUGGGAAAGAAACGAAAUAGACAGACUAUGUUUCUUAACUUGGAAGAUGUCAAGCAGGCAGGUCCUAUGAAAUCUUCAACACCAAGAAGGCAGAAUUUUUCAUCGCCUAUUAUAACUCGUACCAUAAAGGAGGUCCGUAAUGUUCCUGCACAGGUUGAGCGUGUUGGAGCAGCUAAGGAUCAGAAACAGGUUGAGACAUCUUUUGCUGAAGGUGGCAUCCAUGCUGACUUACAUGAACCUAAAUCUGAUUCUAAUGGUGAUAAUUCUGGACCACUUGGUAGGUCUAGGAGGCUAAACAGUGAGACGGAACCUCCGGCAGAGGUUAAUUUACCACCCAUUCCAAGAAAGGGUUCAUGGAAACAACCAACAGAUUCAAGACAGCAGAAGAAUGUACUUGGUUCAAGUAGGAAGUUGGGACAGACUGGUCAAAGCUCCAACUCCAAUGAUGUCAAGGUGGGAAACAAAAAACAUGCUCCUAUGAAGAAGCAGACUCCUGUCAGCAUCCAGCCCCAAGACACAUCUGUUGAACGCCUUAUACGGGAGGUUACCAGUGAAAAAUUUUGGCACCACCCAGAUAGGUUGAGAAUCAUCAUGUUGAAACCUUUACUCUUUGAGGAAUGUCGGGCUCAAUUAUACAGUACAUGGGAAGAAUCAAUGGAGACAGUAUCAAGGGAUACUCAUUUUAUGGUGAGAGUAAAAGCAAAUGAAUCAAGAGAAAGAGGAUGGUAUGAUGUGAAACUACUUCCAUUACCUGAUUUCAAAUGGUCAUUUAAGGAGGGAGAUGUUGCAGUCCUAUCAUCUCCUAGGCCUGGAUCAGUUUCAUGUCAAGCAGUCAGGUCCAAGCAGAGCAGUGCAUCUUUAGCUCAGGAUGAUGGGGAAGCGGAAAUCACUGGACGAGUGGUUGGAACAGUUAGGCGACACAUACCUAUUGAUACCCGUGAUCCUCGUGUUGCGAUUCUCCAUUAUUAUGUUGGGGACUCUUAUGAUCCUAUCAGGGUUGAUGAUGAUCAUAUCAUAAGAAAACUUCAAAUUGGAAGCAUUUGGUACCUCACAAUACUUGGCUCUCUUGCUACCACACAGAGGGAGUAUGUUGCCCUACAUGCAUUUCGUCGCUUAAAUUCACAGAUGCAAACUGCUAUCCUUCAGCCUAGUCCUGAACACUUCCCUAAAUAUGAGCAGCAGACCCCAGCCAUGCCUGAAUGCUUUACACCAAACUUUGUUGAUCAUCUUCGUAGGACCUUUAAUGAACCCCAGUUGGCAGCAAUCCAAUGGGCUGCCACGCAUACAGCUGCUGGUACAAGUAGUGGAACAACAAAAAGGCAAGAACCGUGGCCCUUUACCCUUGUUCAGGGACCUCCAGGAACAGGGAAGACGCAUACUGUAUGGGGAAUGUUGAAUGUCAUUCACCUUGUGCAGUAUCAGCAUUACUACACCUCCUUGCUUAAGCAUGUAGCCCCGGAAAGCUACAAGCAAGCUAAUGAGAUCAGUUCAGAUAAUGCACCCAUGGGAUCUAUUGAUGAAGUUCUUCAAAACAUGAACCAGAAUCUCUUGCGAACUUUGCCCAAGUUGGUCCCCAAACCUAGAAUGUUGGUUUGUGCUCCAUCUAAUGCUGCCACUGAUGAGCUUCUUGCUCGUGUCCUUGAUCGUGGAUUUAUUGAUGGUGAGAUGAAAGUAUAUCGACCCGAUGUGGCUCGAGUUGGGGUUGAUUCUCAGACACGUGCUGCCCAAGCAGUUUCUGUUGAGCGUAGAACUGAACAGCUUUUGCUCAAGAGUGAGGAUGAAGUUCUUGGAUGGAUGCAUCAGUUAAAGAAUCGCGAGGCUCAGUUGACUCAGCAGUUACAUUGUCUUCAUAGAGAACUUAAUGCUACUGCCGCUGCAGUUCGUUCCCAAGGAUCUGUUGGUGUAGACCCUGAUGUUCUCAUGGCCAGGGAUCAGAGUCGGGAUGCUCUACUGCAAAAUCUUGCAGCUGUAGUUGAAGGAAGGGACAAGGUUUUAGUUGAGAUGUCUCGCCUUGCGCUUUUGGAAAGUAGGUACCGACAUGGUAGUGCUUUCAAUUUGGAUGAGGCCCGUGCCAGUUUGGAGGCCAGUUUUGCCAAUGAAGCAGAGAUAGUUUUCACUACAGUUUCCAGCAGUGGUCGCAAGUUGUUCUCUCGUCUUUCCCAUGGCUUUGAUAUGGUGGUCAUUGACGAGGCAGCUCAAGCCAGUGAGGUGGGAGUUCUGCCUCCCCUCUCUCUUGGUGCAGCUCGAUGUGUUCUGGUCGGAGAUCCUCAGCAGCUUCCUGCUACAGUUAUUAGCAAGGCUGCUGGAACAUUGAUGUACAGUAGGAGUCUUUUUGAGAGAUUCCAACAAGCCGGUUGCCCGACAAUGUUGUUGUCUGUGCAGUAUAGAAUGCAUCCCCAAAUUCGAGAUUUCCCUUCUAGAUACUUCUAUCAGGGGCGCCUUACUGAUAGUGAAAGCGUGGUUAAAUUGCCUGAUGAGGUAUACCACAAGGACCCUUUACUUAGACCUUAUAUAUUCUAUGAUAUCAAACAUGGACGGGAGUCUCACAGGGGUGGAUCAGUCUCUUAUCAAAACAUACAUGAAGCACAAUUUUGUCUCCGAUUGUAUGAGCAUCUUCAGAAAACUUUGAAAUCUUUGGGUAUGGGAAAGAUUAGUGUUGGCAUAAUUACUCCUUACAAGCUGCAGCUGAAAUGCCUCCAGCGUGAAUUUGAGGAAGUCUUAAAUUCAGAAGAAGGGAAGGACCUAUAUAUUAAUACUGUAGAUGCUUUCCAAGGUCAAGAACGAGAUGUCAUUAUAAUGUCGUGUGUGCGUGCUUCUAGUCAUGGUGUUGGCUUUGUUGCAGAUAUUAGACGGAUGAAUGUUGCACUUACACGUGCAAGGAGGGCCCUUUGGGUCAUGGGAAAUGCAAAUGCUCUGGUACAAUCUGAUGAUUGGGCUGCGUUGAUUGCUGAUGCAAAAUCCCGAAAUUGCUAUAUGGAGAUGGACUCCCUUCCGAAGGACUUUAUGGUAUCGAAGGGACCUACUUACACGCCACUGCCUGGUAAGGCUUCCUCAAAUAUGAGGGGCAUGAGAUCAGGUGGACAAAGGUUUAGAGGAAUGGAGGCGUAUGGGGAUCCCAGGAUGGGCGCACCAUGUGAAGAUGAUGAAAAGAUGGGUGCACCAGCAAGCUUCAGAAAUGGGAAUCAUCGAUCAUCAAGAUAUCCAAUGGAGAAUUCUUUAGACGAUUUUGACCAUAUGGGCGAUAAAUCCAGAGAUUCCUGGCAGUAUGGUGCACAGAAGAAGCAGAACUCUGCUGGAAAUGGGGGAAAGAGAGAUGUGUAACCAUGGCUUAUAUGCACAUUAUUGUCCAUCUUGGGGGGGAUUUAUGGGGCUAUCUGACUUCCUAAUUCUGUGAUCUCUCACCAUGGAAAGCUCGCAGACUGGAUCGGCCGGAGCUGUAUGAGCCCGAGACAAAGAUAUGCACAGCCUUGGAGGACAGACCAGCAUCCAGUGCGGAUAAGGCCUACAUUGUUACGUCAGACACGCGUUGGUUCAUGCAAUUUUGUGCAGCAGAUUGACGUGCUGUGCCGAAGACUGCAGACUUUAGUCCGCCAACAAUGUAUGAACGUGAACGGAGACCAAGCUGGUUGGAGGCGGAGUACUCAUUUUUGUGUCAGUGCCAAAUAUUAAAGGAAAACUGCUACAGGGAAUUUUAGGGAUCUAAGGUAGUAGUUUGCUGUCAACUGACUCUGUACAUAACAUGGAUUCACAACAUUGUUUUUGACAAAUUGUUUUGUGUUUCAUUUAUGUUAAACGGAAGUGUUUCACUUCCAAAGGAGGAAGAAAAGUUUACCCUUCUUUUCUUGUUACCUCAAUACCCAAAAGGUUUGCUUGUAUGACAUUUUCAUUAUUUAAUUAAUUUUUUUAAAUGGC